AUGACACGUCCCAUUCCUCAGGAGGUUCAAGGAUCUGUCAACGCUCUUUUCAACCAAGGUUGUUCCCUCCGUGCCAUUCAAAAAAUCUUUCCAGAUUUGUCUGUCAGUGUACGUUCUCGCUAUAGGAAGAAGUUUCUUGGUCAUUCAAAACAUGCCAAACCCGGAAGACGCAGCAAAAUCACUACGCAGAAUAUGAACUACAUUGAGAGGAAUCUCCGCAAUGGUAAUUUAGACGGCCCCAAGGGUGUGCAGUGCUACCUUGCUCAUAUGGGAGUUCAGAUGACUUUGAGGAAUAUACAGUAUAUACUCAAGCGCAAAGGGUUCAAGGCUAAAAGAAAGGUAAAUAUCACUACGGCCCAACUGAUGUUCUCACAGAACAUCGAUGCGCUCUUUUGGGAACAUCGAUGUUCUCGUGAGCACCUCGAUGUUCCCAUAUCAGAACAUUUGGCUUUACACUGUGAAGAUAGUUAUCAGAUAUGCGCUUUUAAAUGGUAUGGUCAGACUUUUUGA